AUGUUUGCCACUCUUCCACCCACCAAAAGGCGUCGCACGGCUACCUCCGUCCUGGGCGGCGACUUCGAUACGCGUCCUGCACGCGACGCGCUCACCAGCGUCCUGAACGGCGUGCCCAUCUACAAGGCCGUCGAAGGUAGCGAGGAGGGAAGGAGAGGGAGAAAGCGGAAGGAGAAAGAAAAGGAGAAAGAAAAGAGACGCGCAAAGCCGGGGCCGAAGCCAGGCCCGAAAUUCUUGCCCCCCGUCGCGUCCACAUCGACUGCGGUACCCGUUGGGGCCACCGCGUCGAAGCGCAACCCGACCCUCCCCAAGCCCAUAACAUCGUCAUUUUGGCAGGCGCGGCCCACCAUCCACAUUGCCACUAUGCAGCGCUCGGUCUCGGUCACGCCCCCGCCCAUGCCCUCAUCGCCGCCCACAACCCCGGGCCCGUCCAUCUCGUCGGCCACGUCGGCCACUUCGUCGAAGCGGCCACACACACCCAAUGAUGAUGAGGACCUCAACAGCCGCCAACGCAGCGUCGCCAGCUCCACGCCGCCCCCGCGGGAGCCCAGGAGGAAGCGGCCUGCGGUCAGGAAGGGUUGGAAGGGCUGGGUCGAGGGUUCUCCGCCACCGUCGGAGAAGCUCAUCAACCUCGACGUGGUCACCGUCCUGCAGGAGAGGAAGACGAGGAGCGGGAAAAACUUCGACGCUAUCGGCGUCGGCAAGGAGGGUUGGGUGUAA